CGCUGUCAAUCACUGUCAAUUUUAUGUCAACGAGUGACACCAUGCCGACCUAAACAUAACAUUCACAAAAACAACAAAAUAAUCUCUCGUUCCGUAGACAUAACUCAUCAUGUUCCAUCCGUACCGCUGAUAUACACAAUACAACCAUCAUAAUGGCAAAAUGUAAUAAAGUGAAAAACCCGUGCAAGAUAUGCUUAGGUCCCGUGACACAGAAGAACGGAUUGCAAUGCCAAGGGGCCUGUGAAAGUUGGGUCCAUUACGCGUGUUUAAAUUACACCCCUGGAAGGAUAAAGGACAUUAAGGCUGGCAUUAUAAAAGUAACAUGUCCCUGUCCCGACUGCGGGACGUCUAUGCCCAAGGAGUAUAGAACAGACGAGCCAUUCAGCUGUACGAAUAUGCAAUGUCCUGCUAACAAACCUCCUCAGUGUGGCAAUGUGAAGUGUCCAAGAAACGCAGGCACGGAGAAGAUGACUCAGUCUGGGUUUGGGCCUCCUUGUCCCUUGGGAGCUUGUGGUAAUGACUGUAAACAGCAUAGCAGCCCCAUGCUGCCCAAUCCUUCGAACCGGCCCUGCAACCCAAACGUGAUACCGCCAAUGCCCAUGAUGUCCUCUUCAGAUGCUUGCAUAGACUUCAACAAAUGUCCUUCGGGAUGUUCAGCUUCCAACGUAUCUGGGGAUACUAGAAGAAAUAUUCCGAACAUUGGUAAUAUAGGUAUCAUACCGAAUCAAGGAAGCCCUGUGGGUAACAUGCCAUCGCUUACUGCUAUGGAGCAAAUGUGCAACACAAUAGGUUUGCUAUCGCAUCAGAUUAACGACAUGAUGGUGAAGAUGCGUGAUGCUACCAGUGGUAGUUGUCCCGCUAAAGCUGAUGCUUGUCCCACGAAAGGUCAUAAGUCUAAAAAGGUCUGCCCAAAACCUUGUUAUUGUCCCGGUAAUCCUGCCAAGAAGUAGAAGUUAGAAUGCAUUAAAACUUCCAGUUAAGAGUACACCAAGUCAUAAAUCAUGUACAGAGUUCUCUACGAUUCCGUAAACGUUUUUUAAAGUGAAACAUUUAUUUUACAUUUAUUCUAUUAUAAUGGUUACUGUCAAAAAGAAUAUUGUGUUAUUCUAUUUAAACUAAGUAGUUAUACUUCGAGUUUUUAAUGAAACAUAUAAUUUAAUUCCUGUUUUGAAUGCAUUCAAAUUCGUAAAAAUGUACCGUCCGUGAACUAACUACCUACCUAUUCUACCAUGAAUGGUAGAAUUUCCAUUUUUUAUCUUUGCAUUAUAUUCUCAAAGCGUAAAUGGCUACAUACUUAAUAAAUUCCUAUCAGAAGUGUAACCACAAAAUUACUAAAAUCUGAUUGCCAUUUACACUGAAUCUUAAAUAAUUGGUAUGAAGUUUACAUCAAAAGAUGUCUCCUUGAGAAGGGUUAAUAAUCACCUAUAUACUGUCAAGAUUACAUUAAUUACAAAAUAACUUUGACCUUUAUUGGGAUUUUCGCGGGUUCUUUUCAAUACUCUUACAAGGUCGCCUCCGACACAAGAGAUAUUUAAGAAGUGACGACGUGAACAUUUUUUUAAACUCAGUAUCGUUUAAUAACAAUUAAAAGACUAGAGUUUGGACGUACAAAUUAUAAGGCAACAAUAAAAUCCUCAAAUAAAAUACCUCUAUGAAACACAAUCUCUUUCGUGCAUCAUGGCAAACAUUGGUCAAUUGAUUAAUGGUUACAAUAAUGUUUAAAAUACUACAAAAACAUAUUUACUUUAAUAUAAAAGCAGAAUACAAAUUGUGACAUAAAGAUGUCUAUUUUAAUAUUGACCUUUUUAUUUGUAACAUUUAAGUUCUUGAUUUAUAAAUACAUAGAAAAAAGAACUUGAAAAUCAUCCACCCGGCCAAGGUUUCAGGUUAUAAAGAUAUUUAUUUACUGACAAGAAAUUAUUUAUUUUAAUUGUAUUAUAUUUAUUUGACCGUGUAUGAUUUAUUUCGUGUUUAAACAUUAUAUUUAAUUUUAAAUGGCAUAAAAAAAUUACACCCUUCUACUACCA